CCUCCUCCUGUAUCCUCUUCGCCCCCUUCCUUUGGGGGCCCCGUGACCCUGAAUGUGGGGGGAACACUAUAUUCCACUACUUUGGAGACCCUGACUCGCUUCCCAGACUCCAUGCUGGGGGCUAUGUUUAGGGCUGACACCCCUAUGCCAGCCAGUCUCAACUCCCAAGGGGAUGGCCAUUACUUCAUCGACAGGGAUGGCAAGGCCUUCCGGCACAUCCUCAAUUUCCUAAGGCUUGGCCGACUGGACCUGCCCUGUGGCUAUGGAGAGACUGCACUUCUCAGAGCAGAAGCUGACUUCUACCAGAUCCGGCCCCUCCUGGAUGCCUUGCGGGAGCUGGAGGCCUCUCGGGGUACCCCUGCACCCACAGCUGCCCUGCUCCAUGCUGAUGUAGAUGUCAGCCCCCGCCUGGUGCACUUCUCUGCUCGCAGAGGCCCACACCACUAUGAACUGAGCUCUGUCCAGGUGGACACUUUCCGAGCCAACCUCUUCUGCACAGACUCUGAGUGUCUGGGGGCAUUGAGGGCCCGAUUUGGUGUGGCCAGUGCGGACAGGGCAGAGGGGGGCCCACAUUUUCGUCUAGAGUGGGCCCCCCGUCCCCAGGAACUCCCCGAAGUUGAGUAUGAGAGACUGGGGCUGCAACCGCUGUGGACUGGGGGGCCAGAAAUGCGAAGGGAGGUGGUGGGCACACCCACCUUCCUGGAGGAAGUGCUACGGGUAGCUCUGGAACAUGGCUUCCGUCUGGACUCUGUCUUCCCCGACCCUGAGGACCUGCUGAACUCCAGAUCUCUUCGCUUUGUCCGGCACUGAUGAUGCUAUUCUUAGCUUGACUAUGGGGAGAUGAAGGACUGAGUCAGACAAGGGGUCAAAGACUCUUUAAAGCUUCUUUCUAGCCCUGGUGAGCGAGCUAUGAAAGUCAGGGAUCCCACUGUACCUGACUGGAGCCUGCAUGUAGGCUGUAAUUCCCAAACCUGACUCCUCCCACUCUCAGGAUUCACAAGUGGUCCACAAGUGGGCUGGGGCUUACCCUGGAAAAGCACCCAGGAUUUUUCUGGUCUGUUUUUGCCUGGGGCUGAGAUCCAACCUUAGGUAAAGCUCAAUGUUCAGGGGUCUGGAAAAUAAGGAACCCCUCUUUGCCAGGGCUAGACUUAGCAGAAUUCUGGAGGUUUCAGCACUAGGGGGAAGGAGAUAAUUUGAAUUA